AUGUACCAAUCAAAAUACAAUUUUGUUUUUUCAUAUUUUUAUUCUUAUGGUAUAGCUGCAGCUAAUCUUUAUGAACCACCACCACCAUCAUAUCAAGCAGCACAGACUAUGAAUAAUCAUUUUGCAGAAACAACUAUGUAUGUUUCACAAGCACAAGCACCAUAUGAAGGAGUUUAUCAACGACAAUCAACAGGUUUACCAGCAGCAGAAUUCAUUCCGCAAUAUCCUGAUAUAUCAUCAGUGAAUGUAAAUAACCCCACAAUGUAUCCUUCAAUGACAGAUGGAUACCAAUCAUCAAUGCAAUAUCAAUCUCAAAUGGCCUACCAAAAUAAUGGUUGUGAUGGACAAACGAAUGAAAAACAGAAUUAUCAAAUGCCACCAUCAUAUGAACAAUCACAGAAUCAAUUACAACAAAAGAAACAUACUUAA